CCGCGAGCUGUCGUCGGCUCCGCGCGGGGGGGGGCGGGCCGGGCACCCCGGGGCGCGGAGGAGCGCUGUUUGCUUCUCCUUUCCCCCCACUCCGCACUCCCGGGCACCCUCAAGCCAGUCCACGCUGCUCCCCUCUUCCUCUUGUCUCGUACCCCGGCAAACUUUCGGUUCCUCCCCCGCCCCUCACCCGUUAUUCGUCGUGGCUCGAGCCCGGCCGCUCCGCCCCGAGGGCUCCUCCGGACCUCCCUGCCUGCAGCGCCGACCAUUACAGGAUCCAGAAACAUGUCGACCACACUUCUGUCCGCCUUCUACGAUAUCGACUUCUUGUGCAAGACGGAGAAAUCCCUGGCCAACCUCAAUCUGAACAUGCUGGACAAGAAGGCGGUGGGGACGCCCGUGGCCGCCGCCCCUAGCUCGGGCUUCACACCGGGCUUUCUCCGACGGCACUCGGCCAGCAACCUGCACGCACUCGCCCACACCGCGCCUAGCCCCGGCAGCUGUUCGCCCAAGUUCCCGGGCGCGGCUAACGGCAGCAGCUGCGGCAGCGGGCCGGCGGGCGGCCCGGCCUCCUACGGCACUCUCAAGGAGCAGUCAGGGGGCGGCGGCACGGCCCUGCUGAACAAGGAGAACAAAUUCCGGGACCGCUCAUUCAGCGAGAACGGAGAGCGGAGCCAGCACCUCUUGCACCUGCAGCAGCAGCAGCAGCAGCAGCAGAAGGGGGGCGGCGGCUCCCAGAUCAACUCCACGCGCUACAAAACUGAGCUGUGCCGGCCCUUCGAGGAGAGCGGCACGUGCAAGUACGGCGAGAAGUGCCAGUUCGCUCACGGCUUCCACGAGCUGCGCAGCCUGACCCGGCACCCGAAGUACAAGACGGAGCUGUGCCGUACCUUCCACACCAUCGGCUUCUGCCCCUACGGCCCGCGCUGCCACUUCAUCCACAACGCCGACGAGCGGCGGCCCGCGCCGUCGGGGGGCGCCUCCGGGGACCUGCGCGCCUUCAGCGCGCGUGACGCGCUGCACCUGGGCUUCCCCCGGGAGCCGCGGCCCAAGCUGCAUCACAGCCUCAGUUUCUCGGGCUUCCCGUCUGGCCACCACCAGCCCCCCGGGGGCCUCGAGUCGCCACUGCUGCUCGACAGCCCCACGUCGCGCACGCCGCCGCCACCGCCCUCUUGUUCCUCGGCCUCCUCCUGCUCCUCGUCCGCUUCGUCCUGCUCCUCGGCCUCAGCGGCCUCCACGCCAUCAGGCGCCCCGACGUGCUGUGCCUCGGCGGCAGCUGCGGCCGCGGCAGCGCUUCUGUACGGCACCGGGGGCGCCGAGGACCUGCUGGCGCCGGGCGCCCAAUGCGCGGCCUGCUCGUCGGCCUCGUGCGCCAACAACGCCUUUGCAUUCGGCCCAGAGCUGAGCAGCCUCAUCGCGCCCCUCGCCAUCCAGACGCACAACUUUGCCGCAGUAGCCGCGGCGUACUAUCGCAGCCAGCAGCAGCAGCAGCAGCAGCAACAGCAGGGCCUGGUGCCCCCCGCGCAGCCUCCGGCGCCGCCCAGCGCGCCCCUCCCUGCCAGUUCUGCCGCGCCGCCCUCACCGCCCUUCAACUUCCAGCUGCCGCGCCGCCUGUCCGAGUCUCCCGUGUUCGACGCGCCCCCUAGCCCCCCGGACUCGCUGUCUGACCGCGACAGCUACUUGAGCGGCUCCCUGAGCUCCGGCAGCCUCAGCGGCUCCGAAUCCCCCAGCCUCGACCCCGGCCGCCGCCUGCCUAUCUUCAGCCGCCUGUCCAUCUCUGACGACUGAGGCAAGAGGGCGCCAGCGAGGAGGAGGAAGGGAAGGCUGUUCUGGGGAUAUUGGAGGGCGCCCCUGCCGUCUCGACCCCCGUUAAGGGCGGGGUGGGGGAGGCACGGGAGUGGGGUUGGUGAUAGGCCCUGAGCAGACUGCGGGCCGCACCGAGCACUUGGACUCGAACUUGUGUGCCGGGAGGGGCCUCCACCCCUCCCCUUUCGGUUUCCUCUUUUUUUUUUUUUUUUUU